AUGAAAAUAAACGAAUUCCUAUCUAUAUCAAUCCAACUCCUAAACCAAUCAUCAAAAAUAAUAAACGAAAUCCGCCAAACAUCCAUAAACCACAAAUGGAAAGGCCACAAAGACCCCGUAACAAAUGCCGAUUACAAGUCUUAAGCCAUAAUAAUCCAAGGUCUAAAGUAUUACUAUCCCAAUCUACGUAUAAUAGCCGAAGAAGAUGAGGAAAAAGACCCCAUAAUAGAAAAAUAUAUAGCAAAAAAUGACAUUAAACUGACAAAAAUAAACACAAAUUUAAUCCCAUAGACUACUUUUUAAAAUAAUACCUUAAAUAUAUCUAAAGCCACAGCAUGGAUAGAUCCUUUAGAUAGUACUAUUUCUUAUUUGAAUGGAUAAUAUGAAGAUGUGACAAGUCUUUUAGGCUUAACCUUUGAAGAAAAGCCUAUUGCGGGUAUUAUUUGUAAGCCUUUUAAUUCCUAAAAUUAAUUUUUUCCUAAAAUUUAUUAUGGGUAUGUUUUAGGAGGCAAAAAAGAAGUCUAUUUUUUGAAUGGAUAAGAACUUGAUCAAAAUGAUUUCUAGUUCAACAAAUAAGUAUAUAAAAUUAUUAAAAAAAAACAUUCCUAAAAUUAAUAAUCAAUGUCAGAUUUAAGAGUUGCAGUUUCAAAAGAUAUCGAAGAUACAAAAUAAUUAGAUGUUAUUAAAUCAUUGCAACCUUCGUAAAUUAUUGAAUGUGGAGGUUCGGGGAGAAAAGCUUUACUUAUACUUGAAAAUGAAGCAGAUUAUCUCAUAUAUUUAUCAAAUAAAGCCUCAAAAUGGGAUAUUUGUGCACCUGAAGCUCUCCUUAAAUGCUUAGGUGGGUAUUUAACGGAUAUUUAUGGAAAAGAAUAUUUAUAUGAUUCUAAUGAAUCAGAUUUUAGUAAUUCAAACGGUUAUGUUUAUGCUUUAAGAUCUGAUAUUCUUCAAAAAGUAUUACCAAAAUUAUAAAAAUUCAAAAUAGAUUGA